UUUUUUUUUGAUGAGUUACUAUAUAUAUAUAUAUAUAGAAUCUUGAUUACAAGAGUAUAAUCAAGAAACUAUAUGUACAAAGAAAGAAUCUUGAUUUUUAACUCUUAAGGGUGUAACCAAGAAACUUUAAGAGGGAGAUAACAUGUUGGAAGGGAAAGCAUAUGUGAAGGAUACAGAUAUGCCAUUGAAGAUGCAGGUUCAUGCUAUGGAUUCUGCAUCUCAAGCUCUUGAUCUUUAUGAUGUUGUUGAAUGUACCACCAUUGCUGCAUAUAUCAAGAAGGAAUUUGAUAGUGUUUAUGGUGGUGGAUGGCAAUGUGUUGUGGGUACAAAUUUUAGUAGCUUCUUCACUCACUCAAAGGGCUCAUUCAUCUAUUUCUCAUUGGAGACUCUCAACUUUCUCAUCUUCAAAGUCUGUCAGGUUCGAAUCCAGCUUCCUCUAGUUUUUGGCUUCAAGACAUAUGCCUUGCGCAUAGUGGCGGAGCUUGAAAGAAAAUCAGUGGCGGUUGGACACUCAAAAUCCAAAUCAGUGGGAGUGGGGGUCAGACUCUUUAAUUUUAAAUUCAGAUUUUUUGGUAAAAUUAACACUACGAGCGAAAAAUCGAGAGGGGUUUGCGCCCCUGCUUGCGCAAGCUGCAUUUUAAAAGACCGUAUUGGUUAGCAUGUACUGGUGGGU